AUGGGGACGGGAAGCGGGGUGACAUUAGGGAAGGGGGAAAUCGAGCGGUUCCGCCCAGGUGGACUAUUCCUGGACCCUUGUUGCAAUGGCCUCAUGGCGUGCGACACUAUCUGGGUCCGCGCAGGUGGACUACGCGUGCAACGGGCUCAUGGCGGGCAGCGCCGUCGUCAUGGCGCCCUGAAGCCUCAUGUUCUGCCUUCCCCCCCCCUCUGUGUGCCCCCCCCCUCUUUGUGUGCUUCCCCCCCCCCUCUGUGUGUGCUUUCCCCCCCCCUCUGCGUGUGCUUUCCCCCCCCCUCUGUGUGUGCUUCCCCCCCCCCUCUGCGUGUGCUUUCCCCCCCCCUCUGCGUGUGCUUUCCCCCCCCCUCUGUAGACUACGCCUGCAACGGCCUCAUGGCGGGGGACGCCACCGUCAUGGCGCCCGCACCCGCCCCCUCCCCCGACUCGCCUUCCCCCCCACCUCCCCCCUCCACCACGCCCUCCCCCCCGCCCCCGUCGGGCGGAACCCCCCCCACCAAGGGCGUGCUGUGCCCCGCGUCCACGUUCGAUGGAUACGAGUAUCAGCUGGAGCUGGGCAGUGGCAACUACCUGCUCCACUGGAAGUUCGCCUCCAACACGGUCAUCAACUUCCUGCUCGAAGCCCGAUCCAACACCAUCAUCAAAGACGCGUGGAUGGCCGUCGGAUUCUCCAAAAAAGGCAAAAUGAAGGGCUCGGAUGCAGUCAUCGGGAACCUCCCGGGCGUGGGCGCGUUCUACAUGAGCGGUUACCGCCUGAAGAACAUCCAGCAGACGUCACUCUCCCUCGGGACCACGUCGGUGUCGACCACGAGUGAGGGAGGCACGUCCAUUGCGUUCAGCCGCACGGUGGGCACGGGGAACGUGCCGCUGAAGCUCAACACCACCAGCUACCUCAUCUGGGCGUUCGCCUAG